AUGAGUGUUCUUCGGUAUUUCUCGAACUACUUUCCCAUUCCUGAUAAAAAUUUAAGUUUAGCAAAGAGUAUAUUUGAGAUUCCUAUUGAGUUACAGGGCAACCAAUCGAUAGAAAAUUUAAUUCCUGGUUAUCCGCAAGCGCAAAAGCUAGAUUCGUUUCAGAAGAAGCUUAUUCCGCAGAAGGUUGUUGAUACUCUUUGCCUAAAAUUUGAAAUGCACGCUCCAUAUAUUCACAUAAUCAAAGAAAAACUUGAAGAUCAAUCAAUAUCACCGCAAGAAAAGAAGAUUUAUGCUGUUUUAGCGGUAAGAUCAGCUAGUAGCUUACUAUUUACGCAAAUAGAAAAGAUAGAACCUGAAAUUUUUCGAGAUUUUAUCAAAGCUUUAUCAUUUGCUUCUGUUUUAUAUCCACAACCACAGCAUAUUAAUGAUCUUUUCUUUGGUGUGUUCGAAAAGUUUUCAUUUGCGAGCCAAUUAUCUCGAAUUGUUGAAUACGUCGAUGUUUUAAAGGAUGUUGAACAAUUUUACUCAGAUACUAAGUCGAAUUGCUUACAAGCACAUUUAGCUAUUACACUCAAUCUAAUAGAUACUCUUUUUGAGAAUAAUAAUCCAAAUAAUGAAAAUUUAAUCUCAAAUCAAUUUUAUUUUACCGCAAUUAUUAUUGGAAAGGCAACAAAUCCUGACAAAGAAUUAAUUUCAAAGCUCAGUGUUUCAAUAAUUAAACUUAUUAAUCAUAUCUCUAAAAAUCCUGUUUCAAUUACAUUAAAUUGCGCAGUUUUACAAUUAAUGAUAUCACUACGAAAGCAUAUAGUAUUUGAUUGCACUCCUUACAUGAAUGUUCUUCGACAAAUGUCGCCAUUAAAUACAAUUUUCAAUACAACGAUAAAAGACGAUUAUUUCAGACCGGAAUCGGCCAAAGAUCAUAGUUUACAGACCACUUUUGUGGAAAAUGAUGAAAAAAUUCAGAUGAUUUUAGAUGAUGACAAAAUCUUAAAAUUUAAAGACUUAUAUUCACUAGAAGAUGCAAAUACCAAUCCAUUGUUGAUCUUUUCCAAAGAAACUGGCCUCCAAUUAUCAAAUUUUGACUUCGAAAUCGUUUCUAACAUUUUGGAGAUCCUUAUCAGCUAUAUUAUGGAAGAAGGACUUAAUUUUUAUGCCAUUGCGAUCAUAAUCAUCUCACAACUUACUGAUUAUUCCACUGAAAUUGGAGAUUAUUUUAUUAAAAACAGCAAAUUCGAAGUUAUAUUCCCCAAACUACUCUUUAAUCCAUCAAUUAAUAGCUUUGAUACUCCAAAUAGCGCUAUUUUGAAUUUAAAACAGAAUUUAUUUCAAUUAUUAAAUUUACUUGGCAAAAACAAAAAAACUUUGCCGCUAAUCAGACAGAGCUUCUCAAAUAUUGUGUCUCUGGUGACUUUUCAGAGCGAAUUAUUCACGGAUUUAAUUGCGUUAGCAUAUGACAACAUUCCUCAAGUAUUUUCCGUGGAAAACGCAAAUGACAAGUUAUGGGAAUCAAUAUUUAUAGCUUUGGCCAUUCAACAACAAAAUUAUUUUGAUAAUCUCAAAAAUUCAAGAUUGUAUAGACCACAGCUUAUGACAAUCGUCUCGAAAAUAAUCUGUUUACCGAAUGCUUACAAGCAAAUUGUGAAAGAAAAGUACUGUUGUGAAAUUAUCGUAAAUUUCUUAUACGAACCUGCAUCAAUCCCUUUUACUACGAAAGCAAUCUCACAGAUGAUACAUGAAGUUGCGAAAAAUCAGUCAAUUAAGUCAUUUACAAACUUAAUAAAUUCAAUUCAUACAAUUAUUUGGACUUUAAUACCAAAUAUAUCGGACAGUAAGUCAUUCAACCUAUUACUAACGAUUGUUGAUACGGUAGUUAAUGAAAUAGGCCAAGAUAUUACAGAAUUAUCUGAUAUGUUCUUAAAUACAGAAAUUUUAUCAGAUAUUAUAUCGAUAAUACUUAACCUAAAGCAAGAAGAGCGUUCUCCCAUUGCUCUUAGCCUUGGAUUUGACUUGUUACUUAAGAUUCAGCAAGUUCGAAAUUUUGUUUUCGAUGGAAUCCCAUUCACAUCGAUAGCCAAGGUUGCGAACAGGGUAGGAGUUGAUUCAAGUAUCUAUAAUCGAAUAGUUAAAGUAAUUUCAGGCGGAGAUUGUAAUUUUGACAGAAUUGCAGUUCCAGAAGCCAUUCCUUUGUUAAUUAUAUCAACAAGAGGCUCUAAAGAAUACUCCAGUGUACUCCAUGAUAUCCUAAGGUUCUGCGGAAACUCAGUUUGUAAUAGAUGCGCUUGUUUGGCCGGCCACUUACCAGCAAUGAUAUUUGAACAGUUCGAAGAAGAAGAUUUACCAACCAUUCUCAAGAUUUUUGAGCUGAUUGCUACGACAGGAUUGAAUCAUACUGCUUUGAUACAAUUUUUCAGGCAGUUUUCAAGUGUAAAGGCCAAUAAGUUCAAUAACAGGGUAUUCGAAUGCAUUGAACACCUCGCGAACAUCGUAAAAGGUGCAGAAAAGCCUCAACAUUUUUCGAUGAUUUUAUUCUCUUCAGAAUUCUCUGGAAUCCAAGUUCCAGAGCUACCAUCGAUAAAUACAUCCGAUGACUUCAUGGUUUCCGCCAAUAUCUUGCUCGAUUCUCCAAAUUGUGGAAGAUUUUUCUUCGAUUUCCCAGAUAAAGCCAAAACGAGUUACUUAACAUGCUUAUUUGUUAAUAAGACAAUUGUUAUUAAGUACAAACUCGUAAAUGAAGAAGAAAAAAUUAUUAAUUUUAAUAUCGAGCUUCCUAUACAGAAAUGGUUUAAUCUCAGUGUUCUUUUCAGACAUUGGGAUGAAAACAUCGCUGUAUUCAUCGAAGACAACGAAUCUGAAACGAUUCCAUUAAAACCAUUUCCAAAUUUCCCUGAUUUCACUCAGAACAUGAUGUUUAAUGUCGACGAGAUGUCAGAGAAGUUCUUCUCACUGCAAUCGCAAGAAGCAGCCGUUUAUACUCGUGGAAAUUGGAACAUUUCGAGUAUGUUGAAACUUCCUGAGAAAAUGAACAUGCAGACAAUAGCGAACUGGGCGACCGAGCACCAGAAUGACAUGAAGAACAUGAAAAGGUUUGGAAGCAAACACUUUUUCUUCGAUCCUUCAAAUAUUGCCACGAAAAAUCAAAUUUACUCAGGAACUCCUAUCAGAUUCUUCUCCAAUUUCCUCAAGGUAUUCGAAGCCUCUCAUUCCAUUAACUUUAUCAUCUCUCUUUUCGGACAAUUAGAUUUUCAAUGUCCAAAUUUAGACGAAAGAAGGAAAUUCUUUGAAAAUCUAUUGACCAUUGUUACUAAUCUCAUCAAGAAAUCCGAUAUAGUAUGUGCGCAAAUGCUUAAUUGCCACAUGUACUCUGUUUUAGCUCAUUUUUUGUAUAAUUCUUCCAAAUCUCAUCUGACAGUUACGAUUUGGAAGUUCUUUAUGGAACAACUAACAUAUAUAAAGCUCCAACCACUGCGAGAAAUGCUUCUAAAAUGCAUAAUUUUCAAUGCAGAUAUUUGGAGAUUUGCUCCUUUGGAAGUAAAGUCCUGUGUUGUGUCUGAUUGGUCUGAUCUUGUCGAAAAGAGUGCGGAUGACUACAGAGAAUUCAUUUCCUUCGGUUAUAUGUUGACAAUUUUUUCAACUCUCAUUCCUACGUUCGAAAACUUAGAAAUAAUCAUAAAGAACGAGAGAGCAGUGACCAAUAAAGAGCCAGAAGACGUUCUUGGCCAGCUGGCGUUCUUCAGAUCGAAAAUUCUCAAUAUCUUGAAGAAAUUACUUCAAAAACCAUGCACAGUCGAAGAGUCAGACUACGUAUACUACUCAAUAUGGAAGUGUCCGUCGGUAGAACAGAUCAUGCAGUUCCUAGAACUCGGACAAUUCGCUAUUAAACAGAGUUGGUUCAAAAUUGACAUGUUUCCGUUCGGAGAGACAUGGAUAAGACUAUUGGCCCAUCCGAUAGACGCAGUACGAUCAAAAUUAAUCUCAAUUUUCGCAUCAGCACCUUCACAGAUGCCAAUGGACCCAGAAAUAGUAAAGAAAGCAUCGUUUAUGAUUGCUACAAAUCCUAUAAACGAGAAAGAAGUAAUUGAUGACUCCGAAAAGUGUUUUCUCGUAAAUUGUUGUAGAAUCGCGAUAGGAAUCACAGAAAGAACAUCGCUAGAAGAGAUGAUCCAUAAGGAUGAGCUCAUUAUCACGAAAAUACUGUUUAUAAAGCUUGCAGCUGCAGCAAUGAUCGUAAGUCCUCAAAGAAUUUGCGAACUUUUCAUUGAUUUCCUUGAGAAAUUAUUCCAAAAUGAUAAAAACCUCGCAAAUUUCGAUCUCACGCAGUUCCAUUUCCUUUCUGGCAUCUUAUUACACUCGGCAAUUUCAAAACGACUGAAUUCGAUUCCUAUUGUAGCAAAAAUUGUUGCCAAUGAUCCAUUAGCACUUCAAGUCUGUAUAGACGCAUUAUCAAACAUCUCCUACAAGUGCCAUAUUGACAUUGACAUCGUUUCUGCUGAAUUAGUUGACAAAGUAUUAGAUAUCGUAAUGUCAAAGCCUCCGUCGCAGGAAUUAUGUAUUGCUGCAGGUACUCUGUCAUUAAUAAUCAUGUUCCAUACCCAAAAAUACCAAAAUUACCAGUUAAAGUCCAUCAUGGAAAAUUGUCCGUUUAAAAUUUCCCUCGAGGAAGUAAAACCGUUUUCGACCAACUUGCCUGGUAUCGUCGAAAUCAUGCAAGAUUACGUCAAAAACAAAGACGCGAUACCUUCCAAGGUGUUUUCCAAGAGAUUGGACAGUCAAGGUAGAUGGAUUGAUCGUAAACUGGCCGUCAAAACCGUCAAAUACAUGUCAAGUUUGUCAGAAAAAUAUCCACAUACAUUAGAUCAGCAAAUCUUUGUUUUAUUAUCAUUAUUCUUCACUCCAGAUUCAAAAAUUGAUGACUACAAAGAAUUGAUACCCAUUCUGAAAGACGAAAUAUCAAGAGCAGACGUGAAUGACGAAAUGCUGAUGUUUGUUGGAUAUUUCAUCGUAAGAAUUCCAUUCAAUUCUUACUUGAAACCGAUUUACGACGAAGUUGAGAAGAAAUUCGGCCAAAACUGGAGCGAUAUAAAGAUCUACAUGAACGGAUACCAUGCGUUCAAUAACUAUUGCGACCAACCACCUUCAGAGAUGAAUAUCAUUGAUGAAAUAUUGAUUGCAUUAUUCAAAGAACUCAUUGAAAAAUCCGCCAUUCCCUCUCAAAAAGAAAUUGAAGGGUUUAUUAAUGAAUUUGACGAUAACACAAAUAAACCAUUACAAACCAUCUUUGAAACAAGUUCCAGACAAUGGAGAACACUUUGGGCAUCGAUUUCUCAUGAAAGAUCUCCUUUCUUCAAACAAAAGAAAUUGGCAAUGCAUAUACAUUACAAGAGAUUUGCAAUGUACGACAAAAUGAUGUGUCCAAGUCUUUUGAAGAGGAAUUCUAGGUUCGAUCCUCAUAUCGAGGCUUCUUUGAGAAGAGAUCAAUCGAAAUCUUUCAUGAUCAGAUCAGAUUCUGACACUUUUUACAAUUUACCACCAGAUACAAUGAAAAUUCCUAUUGUUGAAGAAAAGUCUUACAUAUGGAAAGUCCCUUGCGAUAUGAUACAAGUUGACAAGAUAAAGCAUGGAACAUUUACUGUAAACGUAAACGGAUACACUUUUUCGUCAGAAAACUCAAGAACAAUCGAAAUAAAACAUGACGAAAUACACAGAAUAAUUCCGAAAUACGUUUUACAAAGACAAACCGCUUUUGAAGUUUACACAACCGCCAGACGAUCAUAUCUAUUCAAUUUUAGUCAGAUAGACAAUAACCACAACAAAAUAUUAAAUUAUUUGAAGAGUAUUCCUAUGAACAAUGAAGCGAUUGUCCACAUGAAUUCUCCUCAAAAUGAAAUAGAAAAAUUUACUACGAAGUGGCAAAAUUACGAAAUUUCCACUUUCGAAUAUCUGAUGUGGCUAAAUGAGUUUUCUGGUAGAUCUAUAAAUAAUAUAGAGUGCUACCCAGUCUUUCCGUGGAUUAUUGAUAAAUAUGACAUUGAUUCUUUGGAUUUCAAUGAUCCCUCAAUUUUCAGAGACCUCUCAAAACCUAUCGGCGCGUUAGGAAUUGAGAGACUUAAGAAACUGAAGUUUAUGAGCGAGAACUCCAUUUCCGCCGAGAAAUUCUUGUACCACAACAUGUAUUCUUGCUCCGUAAACGUGCUACAUUAUUUAAUAAGGUUAGAACCGUUUACAACCGCUCACAUUCAACUACAAGAUGGAAAAUUCGAUCAUCCGACGAGAAUUUUCUAUUCCAUUCCGGAGAGUUACGAAAACGUGAAAAGUUCUAACAACAAUUUCAGAGAAUUGACUCCAGAAUUCUUCUUCUGCCCUGAAUUCCUCAAAAACAUCGACGGUUUUGACAUUGGCUGUCAGAACGGCGAUGUAAUUUUGCCAAAAUGGGCAAAAACGCCAGAGGAAUUCAUUUAUCUGCACAAGAAAGCUUUGGAAAGCGAUUUUGUGUCAGAACACAUAAAUGAUUGGAUUGACUUGAUUUGGGGUUAUAAGCAAAACGGUUUGCCAGCGUCAGAAAGUGACAAUACCUUUGAUCCACAUUUGUAUCAAGAUGUCUGGCAGAAAUUCCCAAGCGAAGAUGACAAACUGAUGAUAGAACAGAUGCUGCAUCACGUAGGGUCAAUUCCAAGAAAAUUAUUCGACCAACCGCAUAAAAAGAGAAUUCCUAGAAAUUUCGGAAAUUCCGAGAAACCGUUUUGCCAUGUAAAGAUGUCGGAAAAUCCGAUCAUUGCUGUCAAAUUGGUCGGAGAAAAUGCAAAUGACAAAAUUCUGUUGUUUACAUUGUCAAAUAACGGUUUAGUUCAUUUAUGUCGUGUUACUAACAAUAACCAGAGUAUUUCACAGAUUUCGAAAGAAGUCUAUGACGAAAUCAAUGUCGUAGCGACCGGCGACAAAGAGCAGAUUUAUUUUGCUUUCUCCACGGCGAAUUCGAGUGAUUUGAUUUGCGUGAAAUCGAAUUGCAGCAUUGUCAAAAGCAAAUCAACGAAACACGUCGAGAGCAUCUUUUCUCUCUGCAUCCAUGGCUCGAAAGUUAUCACUGGAGGUGGAGAUUCCAUUUUAGUCGAAUGGGAUUUCAACGAAAAGGGAGAACUCCAGGAUAAUUUAUCGAUCAUGGCUCACGCGGAUUGUAUCAAGUGCUGCUCUUGCCAAAGUGGUUUCGGUGUUGUCGUCAGCUGCAGUUUGGAUGGAUUGCUCGUCGUGAGCUUUCUUUCCAAUUUCUCGUUCAUCAGAUCAAUUGAUUUGGGUCUUCCGCCUGAACAGAUUCCGACAAUCGUAAGAAUAACAAGCGGAAUGGGUCUCAUUGUUGUCUGCGCUUCACACGCACAGAAAGCUGUGGACGGAUCCACUUUGAUUGUUUAUACAUUGAAUGGAUGCAAAGUUGCUCAAAAGACAAUGCAGAACAGGAUAUCUUAUAUCUGCACUGCAACAAAUUACUGUGAUAUUGACUAUGUUUUGUGUGUUGUCAAAGAAAAAUUAGUUGUUUUGUACGAAGCAUUUAAUAUGAAAGAGAUUGGAGUUGUUUUUAGAUCUGAUGAGAAAAUAACUCACAUAGGUUACCACAGACAAACAGAUACAGUGACAAUUGGUGAUGUCAAAGGAAAUCUGUUUUGGGGAUAUUUGUUUAGAAAUAAUCAUGUUUGA